GAGGCCGCGGCGGGCAAAAUGGCGGACGGGAAGGCGGGAGAGGAGAAGGCGGAGAAGCCGCAGCGAGCUGGAGCCGCCGGAGGACCUGAAGAAGAAGCAGAAAAACCUGUGAAAACUAAGACUGUUUCUUCCAGUAAUGGAGGGGAAAGUUCCAGUCGCAGCGCUGAGAAGCGAUCAGCUGAAGAAGAAGCUGCAGAACUCCCAUCAAAGCCUACAAAGAUCUCCAAGUUUGGAUUUGCCAUAGGUAGUCAGACGACAAAGAAAGCCUCAGCCAUAUCCAUCAAACUUGGAUCAAGUAAACCUAAAGAAACUGUUCCAACUCUUGCUCCAAAAACCCUUUCAGUAGCAGCAGCUUUUAAUGAAGAUGAAGAUAGCGAGCCAGAGGAAAUGCCACCAGAAGCAAAGAUGAGGAUGAAGAAUAUUGGAAGGGAUACACCAACAUCAGCAGGACCAAACUCCUUUAAUAAAGGAAAGCAUGGGUUUUCUGAUAACCAGAAGCUAUGGGAGCGAAAUAUAAAAUCUCAUCUUGGAAAUGUCCAUGACCAAGACAAUUAAAUGAUAUGUUGUGAAAUUGGGGUCUAGGGUGGGUGUAAAGUUAAAAGGAACAGUUUCCUUUUUAAGAAUGAUAUAAGACUAUCUUUGGAGCCGCCCUUUUUUUUUUUUUAAGAUUGAGUGGUACACUAAUAAAUGAGAGUUUGAAAUUAGACGUAAUUUAUGUUUUAUAUACAGAUUUCAAGACAUUUGCUAAUUUUGUAGUUUCAUGUGAUUAGUUUCCAAAGGUUACAGAUAAUUUAAAGAAAAUCAGAAAUGGUACCUUUCUAAGAAUUGCAUAUUUUUUUAGACACAACUAUUAGCACAUUAAGAGGGAAGCAAAAAGUUAUUAUCUGUUGAAACUGCAAGCAAUUAAACUCCCUUAUUAACCUAAACUUUCUGGCUCCCAGGAACAGCCUUAUAGAGAGGGAGUAGUAUUGUAUUGGGAGGAAAAUGUUACUGGAGUAUUGACUAAAAGUAAAUUAGAUAAAAUUAAAAUAUUGCUUUUUUUCCAAUGGGCAUUUGUUUUGUUUCAAGUCAUAAACUAGAUAUUGCAUUGCUAUCAGUGAAUACAGAGGCUUAGCUCUUUAAAAUUUUGUUUUUAAUUUUAUGUAAACUGUUGAGUAUUUGAUAUAGCCCAUUUCAUUCACCUUAACGGGUCUUGUCUACCUUUAUUAGUCUUCAAAGAACAACCAUUUGCUACCAAAGUAAAUCAGUAUUUUGAAUGUGCUUCUCUUGGUUUUUUGUUAUUUAAGCUUGGUUUCUGUAAGCAUUCCCACCAGACUUGAGGCAAGUCAUAGGAAGCUGUUUCUUUUAAAAUACAAACCACCACCAAAAAUUUUAAAUGUACAUAAUACUUAAAUAUUUGACUUCUUUUAUUUUUUAAAAGGUAACAGCAAAAAAGCAACAUUGUGUGAAGAUGCAAUGAGAUGAAAUGAGAAAGAUGCACUUUCUGUAACUUUGUCAUAACAUUUAAGUACUAACUUGUGAAAUCCAAUUUGAUUUGUACUUAACUACAGGAAUUCUUAUUUAAUACAAUAAAGUGGCUUAUUUUAAGUGUACACAUAUUAACCAAUGGCCUCUCAAAAGCACAUUUUAGAUACUGAAAAUAGAAGGAAAGAAAAUGCAUCUUCAAACAUUUAAUGGAAUCUUUGACCACAUAUACCUUGUUAGAGCUAUGUAUUGAAGGGUUUUGGGUUUGCUUUGUUUUGUUGUGGGUUUCUUUGUUGGUAGUGUGGUCUUUUUGUUUUUGAUUUUGGUUUUUUUUUUGUAUUUUUGUAAUGUAUAUGAAUUCUUUUUUAAUGUGACGAUUAAACAUAUCGUUAAAGGCAUAGUCAUAGAUAAAAGAAAAAUGCAGUAUAAUGAUUUCCUUGAAAACUUCUACAAUGUUAAAUUUGCAGGCAGCUUCAGACUGUCUUAAUGGUGGUAACUACUCGCUCAGCUCUUUUAAAAGGUAAUAACUCCAGAGAAGCAGCCUGUAUAUAUUCCUAACACUUUGUUCACUUUCAUUUAUUAGAGUAAGUCCCAAGUAAAACAAUGGAAAUGUAUAUAGAACUAUUAGUUCUUUCUUACUUGAUUUAAUGAUAUCAAGAUACAUGAAUUUAACUUGCUUUAACGUAGGCAAACUUGUCAUUUUUGUCUAUUUUACUGUUAAAUAACAUCCCCUCUCCUGCAUAUUCUUUUCUUGACUCAAACGAAAUAUUAACCUAUGGUCAAGAUGGGAGAGAGAAACGACUGAGAUGAAUGUCUUUACUAAAAUACCAAUAAAUUUGUCAAACUCA